ACUUGCAUGGGACUCCGCUUCACACAUCACGGGGAGGGGUGAAUGGAAUAGCAGACAGAAAGUUUUAGUACCACGGACUUAACAUGAACUAAGGAGAAACUGGGACCAUUCUACAAAUAUUUACAAAUGCCUAGUGACCCACCGUGUCAUAUUUCUGCUGGCGUGAGUGUGUUUAGGCCUACCGAGCGAUAACUCGUGUUAUGGAACAGCAAGUGAGUGAUGAAGAAGAACCUCAACCUGUAGUCCUUAGAGAAGAGAACCGGAGGAGGAGAAGAAAGAUGAAAGCCUUCACCUCCACCUUCUCCGUGGCCAUGGAUCAGAUAGCCAUCGAGUUCGUCCUCCCCACCACCACUAAGAGUAGCCGCAGCCCGGACACCUUGCUCCUGGAGGUGGCUGGGAACUGGACGGUGGAGCAGGUGAAAGCCCAGGUGUGGCUGAGGGUAGUAGCCACCAACCUGUGCCCCGAGUUCUAUCAGAAGUACUCCCCUGACCACUGCAUCCUGCUCUACCAGAAGAAGGGCAACUGGUGUGAGAUCUACGAUAAGCACCAGGUGUUUCAGACCCUGGACUGCAUCCGCUACUGGAAAGCUCUAAAGAAAGAUGUGGGGAAGAUCCACCUGACGUGCCGGCCUCAGCCCUCUGAGGAGUCCACACAGUACCAGAGGUAUCUCAACUACCUGAUUGGCUACGACGUCACCGACGUCAGCAACGUGCACGAUGACGAGCUGGAGUUCACCAGGAGGAAGCUCCUCACACCCCGCAAGAUAGAGUUAGCCGACCGGGACCCCAAACUCUACUCAAUGGACCCUUGGAUCACAUCCAAGCACCUCCCAGAGUACCUGCUCACCAAGGUGACCAACAGCCACAUCCUGCUGGUCAUUCACAGGAACAAGGCCAGCCAGACCAUCAAGGUGUCCAUCGACGACACGCCCGUCCAGGUGCUCCAGACCUUCUUUACGAAGAUCUCCAAUAAGAGGGCUCUGCUGGGAGUUCCUGAGGAUGUGUGUGAGGCAGACUAUGUCCUGAGAGUGUGUGGCAGGGAAGAGUAUAUCUAUGGGAACCACCCGGUCAGGGACUUCCACUGGGUCCGACAGUGUCUGAAGAACGGGGAGGAGAUCCAUCUGGUCCUGGUGUCGGCUCCUAAUCCAGGUCAAGACCUGGUCCAGAAAGAGGACUGGGCACAGGUGGAUGACUGUACUGGAGUGGCAGGCACCCAUGAGCAGCUGACGAUCGACGAGAAAGACCACGAACGGGUCUUCACAAUCUCUCUGUGGGACUGUCACAGGAAGUUCAGGGUUAAAGUCCUGGGCAUAGACAUCCCGGCCCUGCCGAGGAACCCUGAGCUGAUCGUGUAUGUGGAGGCCAGUAUCUUCCAUGGCCAGCAGCUCCUGGCUCAGGAGAGGACCUCCUCCAAGGCUUUCACUGAGGAGGUGCUGUGGAACACCUGGCUGGAGUUUAAUAUACGCAUCAGAGACCUGCCCAAGGGGGCUCGCCUCAGCCUACAGGUGUCCUGUGGGAAGGCCCAGACCCAGACCUCUAAGGGCACCUCCUCCUACCAGGACAACGGAGGAUCCCCAGUUGGAGGUGGCAGCGGCAGCGGCAGCCAUGAUUGUAAUAAGACUAAGAGUCGUCUGCUGUACUACGUCAACCUGCUGCUGGUGGACCACCGCUCGCUGCUGCGCCAGGGAGAGUUCAUCCUCCACAUGUGGAAGAUGCCUGAGAAGACCGAGGACAACAGCAGCGUCAAUGCAGACAAGCUGACCUCAGCCACCAACCCAGACAAGGCCUCCUCCAUGGCCGUAGCCAUCCUGCUGGACAAGUACUGCUACCCAGUGGCCUUGCCCAAGAGCAGGGAGGGCAAGGAGGCUGGGGGGGAGGGUCGGGAGGCCGAGGGAGGGGAGAGGGGGCAAAGGGAGAUGCCUAACCACCUGAGGAAGCAGUUUGAGGCAAUUGUUGAGACCGAUCCACUGCACCCUCUCAGCCAAGAAGACAAAGAGCUGCUGUGGCACUUCAGAGAGGAGUGUAUGCGUCACCCCAGGGCAUACCCCAAGCUGCUGGGCUCUGUGCGGUGGGGUAGACAGGAGGCUGUCCUGGCCACCCAUAGGCUGUUGGAGAGGAGCUCUGUGUGGGACCGUAGUGUGCUGGAUGUGGGCCUGGCCAUGCAGCUGUUAGACUGCCACUACUCUGACGCUCACGUCCGCUCCAUGGCCGUACGCAAGCUAGAGACCCUGGGGGACGACGACGUCCUGAGGUACCUGCUGCAGCUGGUCCAGGCUGUGAAGUUUGAGCCGUACCAUGACAGUGCCCUGGCCAGGUUCCUGUUGAAGAGAGCUCUCAGGAGUAAGAGAAUAGGUCAUUUCCUUUUCUGGUUCCUGAGGAGUGAGAUCGCCCAGUCCAUGCACUACCAGCAGAGGUACGCUGUGCUGCUGGAAGCCUACCUCCGAGGCUGUGGAGAGGACAUGCUGCAGGAUUUCAGACGCCAGGUGGAGAUGACAGAAGCCCUGCAGAAAGUCACCAGGGAGAUCAAGGCCAUGUCUGCUGAGAAAUAUGAUGUUUCUGCACAAGUUGUGUUCCAGCUGCGUCAGAAGCUGGAGAACCUGCAGACGUCUGGGCUGCCAGAGAGCUUCAGAGUGCCCUAUGACCCGGGUCUACGGGCUGGUGCUCUGGUGAUAGAGCAGUGUAAGGUGAUGGCCUCUAAGAAGAGACCGCUGUGGCUGCAAUUUAAGAGGGCUGACCCCACCACGCUGUCCAGUGACACCAUCGGGGUCAUCUUUAAGGACGGGGAUGACCUCAGGCAGGACAUGCUCAUUCUACAGAUUCUGCUGAUCAUGGAGUCCAUAUGGGAGGAAGAGUCUUUGGACUUGUCCUUAUUGCCCUACGGUUGUAUCUCUACUGGGAAUAAAAUAGGGAUGAUUGAGAUAGUGAAAGAUGCCACCACUAUUGCCAACAUCCAGCAGAGCGUUGUGGGAAGCACAGGAGCGUUCAAGGACGAGAUCCUCAACCAAUGGCUGCGGGACAAGUGUGUGAGCGAGGAAAAGUUCCAGCAGGCGGUGGAGAGGUUUGUGUUCUCCUGUGGAGGGUACUGUGUGGCCACCUACGUGCUGGGGGUAGGAGACAGACACAACGACAACAUCAUGAUCACUGAAUCUGGUAACCUGUUCCACAUUGACUUUGGCCACAUACUGGGGAACUAUAAGAGUUUCCUGGGUAUCAGUAAGGAGAGGGUUCCCUUCGUCCUCACCCCUGACUUCCUCUAUGUCAUGGGCACAUCAGGGAAGAAGAGCAGCCCACAUUUCCAGAAGUUCCAGGAUGUGUGUGUGCGGGCCUACCUGGCUCUGAGGCAUCACACCAACCUCCUCGUCAUCCUGUUCUCCAUGAUGCUGAUGACGGGCAUGCCUCAGCUCACCAGCAAAGAAGACAUCGAGUACAUCCGCGAAGCGCUGACUGUGGGCCGGCCGGAGGAGGAGGCACAACGCCACCUGCUGGACCAAAUAGAGAUCUGCAGGGACAAGGGCUGGACAGUGCAGUUCAACUGGUUCCUACACCUGGUGCUGGGCAUCAAGCAGGGGGUGGAUAAACGCUCAGCCUAGGGUGCUCCCCUUAUGGCGUCAAUGGCUUAGUGGGCUGGCAACACCAGAGGGAUGGGUUCAAAUCCCACAUGGGCCACAUAUGUGAUAAUUGUAAGCCACUUUAGGUAAGAUUACUAUGUUGAUUGGACUCACAAAUAAGGAGAGAGGGAGAUAUAGUCAGAGACCAAAGUCUGGAUCUAAAAGUUUGUCAACCCUUCCUCAAUGAUGUAACCAGUUGUUCCGAUGCAUUGGCCAUUGACUGUACCAUGGAAUGUAUACAGCAACAGUCUUAUUUUUGCACUUUCAAGAUGAAAGCCUGAUCUUACCAUAUGUUUAUGAGUUAUACAUAAAUAUUGACUCCUGUUCCUCUGCUAAUGCACUGCAUCCGAUUGUAUCAUCUGUUAAUAUAACAUCCGACUUGCAUGACUGAUGGUGGCAUUACCAUAAUAAACCUAAUCAUAGAGAAAUAUAGUUAUAUAUUAUGUCUCAUCGCUAGAGGUCGACAUGCAGAUGUUAAACUGAGUGACUCACCAACCUCGUCAGAGGUCUCUAGGAAACCAAAGGAAGCUUUUCCACACCCGGGAUGGUGGUGGAGUGUGUGAGGAGACACAGCUCGGUGACAGGAGAUGGUUCCCAGACCUUCGUCCUGCUGCUCGCCUCAUUGCUACGGGAGAUACAGAAACACACCCGAAAAUCCCCCGGGAAGGUGCCAAGCGUUUGGCUGAAGCUCUGCUGGCCUUCGGAUUGGACGAGCUCAGUGAUGUUAUCACUGUUGGAGUGACUCCACCUGGCUCCUCCCGUUCAGACACACACACACCCCAGGACAGACAGAUACACCCACUUUGUGUCGCCUACUCAGUGCUUUCCUUCACACCCGGAUCAGCCCUACUCAUGCGGAAAUCAUCAGCCAACUGAACUGUGAGCUGCUCUCCCAUUGGAGUUGCCAGGGUGACUUCGUAAAUUAACACUUCCCUGCUCUGUACACAACAGUAUCAGGCUUCUGAUUGGCUGUUCCAGUCUGCUGGAGGGCCAGGUCAUACAUGCAGAUUUCUCUACACCCCUCCCAUUCUGCGACCAUGGACCAAUCAGGGCCCUUGCGGUGACGGAACACCUGGAAACCAGCCUACAGAUUGGUGGAACUGUACUGGAGCUGGGUGGGGCUAAUGUAGGGAUAGAAAGUGUGUGUGUGAGAUCAGGGCGGGGGUUAGACAGUGUGUGUGUCACCCUACAGCAUCUAGGAGUGUCUCUGCUCCUCAUCAGUCAAACAGUCGGAGGCCUUCCUGGCUGCACUGGGGAGGUACGCUGUGUGUGUGUUAGAGUGUGUGUGAAGACGACCUUACCUUGUUCUCUGUGCUCAGUGGAACCCAGCCUGUCUCAGACUGGGCCGUGAUUGGACAGGAACAUGUUGCUACGGUGACCUUCUGCCGGCCGCUGGUGCUGGGAGCUCACAGGUUCGUCAAUGUGGGGUUUCCUAAGGCAGAGGACAGGGGCAGACCCCACAGUCUGGUUGUGUGUGGACAGACAGAGGGCCAGGGGGAACAGAGUGUAUGUGCUGUACGAGAUGCUCUACACAUGCUGCAUACUACUACCUGGGGGCCCAAACACAGGACUAGAGCUACAGAAAGAACCACUCCGUCAAACACAGACACGCACACUCCGUCGAACACAGACACGCACACUCUGUCAAACACAGACACGCACACUCCGUCAAACACAGACACGCACACUCUGUCAAACACAGACACGCACACUCCGUCAAACACAGACACGCACACUCUGUCAAACACAGACACGCACACUCCGUCAAACACAGACACGCACACUCCGUCAAACACAGACACGCACACUCCGUCAAACACAGACACGCACACUCCGUCAAACACAGACACGCACACUCCGUCAAACACAGACACGCACACUCACUCCGUCAAACACAGACACGCACACUCACUCCGUCAAACACAGACACGCACACUCCGUCAAACACAGACACGCACACUCUGUCAAACACAGACACGCACACUCCGUCACACUUGGACACCCCUGCCGCCUCGGGGAUGUUAGCAGAGGCCCUACUGAGUGUGCCCAGACAGAUCUACUCCCACAAUCCUCGGCGCUACCUUGAGGCUCUCUCACAAACUCUCAGCUGCAUACGUAACCAUGGUAACUCUCCGGACCCGCUGGAGACAGUGCUGUUCUGGUAGUGGAUGGUUCGAAUAUGGUCCAGGCUGACACCAUGUCAAGGUCUAUGUCUGGGUCAGGGGUAAAGGAGGUGACAGUUUGGUCAAGCUCUGGCUCUAGUUCAGGUGUGGAGUCAGUGUCCUGUAUGUAUCAUAUGAUCCUGGCUAUUCUACAGUGUUUCAGGAGUCUAGUGUCUGUGGACACUGUACUACACGCUAAUACCUCACACACCUGUCAGAGAGAAGAGGAGGAUGGUGACGACUGAGAACUCAUACUUGAUUUUAUUUCAUUGUACAUCCAAAAGUUUUGUAUUCAAUUCUUGAAAAAGUAAUCUCCUUGUGUAGUAUGUCUUUGCAUAUGAAUUUCUAUGUUAAUAAAUCAAAUUUGAUUAAAUGGUUA